GUGAGGGGUGGAGGAAGGUGCUAGGAAAAGCUUCCUGGAGGAGGUGCUUGUGAACUGCGGGAGCUCCCCCGGCUGCCAAGAAAGGGAGAAACCUUGAACUCCCCCUCUCCUGGGGCUGGGUCUCGGCGUCCCCGCACCCGGUUUGGUUUCCCAGGCAUCCCACGUGUCUUCGGUCCGCGAGCCCCUGUCAAUCAAGCUUCUCCCCCAGGGGCUGGGUACGGGUUUAAAGGCGGCUGCAGUGCAGAGCGCUCCCAGAGUGCCGCGCGGCGGGCGGGUUUGGAUUUUAAAUCCCCGCGGCCAAUCAGUAGCGCGUAGGCUUUUGUAACGUUCCCGGCGCCGCGUUUGAAUUCGAGGAGGAGCAGAGCCGUGCCAAGCCUCUGCCCAGACCUUGCUAGGUCCGCUGAGCAACUCCGGGAACAUGAGUGCGGCGGCAACUGCAGGGAAGCUGGCGCGGGCACCAGCAGAUCCAGGGAAAGUCGGGGUCCCUGGAGUUGCAGCUCCCGGGGCCCCGGCGGCUGCCCCGCCGGCGAAAGAGAUCCCGGAGGUCCUAGUGGACCCGCGCAGCCGGCGGCGCUAUCUGCGGGGCCGCUUUCUGGGAAAGGGCGGCUUUGCCAAGUGCUUCGAGAUCUCGGACGCGGACACUAAGGAGGUGUUUGCGGGCAAGAUCGUGCCUAAGUCGCUGUUGCUCAAACCGCACCAGAAGGAGAAGAUGUCCAUGGAGAUAUCCAUUCACCGCAGCCUCGCUCACCAGCACGUCGUCGGCUUCCACGGCUUUUUCGAGGACAACGACUUUGUGUUCGUGGUGUUGGAGCUCUGCCGCCGGAGGUCUCUCCUGGAGCUGCACAAGCGGAGAAAAGCACUCACGGAGCCCGAGGCCCGCUACUAUCUGCGGCAGAUCGUCCUCGGCUGCCAGUACCUGCAUCGAAACCGCGUUAUUCACAGAGAUCUCAAGCUGGGCAACCUCUUCCUGAACGAGGAUCUGGAGGUGAAAAUAGGGGAUUUUGGACUGGCAACCAAAGUCGAGUAUGACGGGGAACGGAAGAAGACCCUGUGCGGGACUCCUAAUUACAUAGCUCCUGAGGUGCUGAGCAAGAAAGGGCACAGUUUCGAGGUGGACGUGUGGUCCAUUGGGUGCAUCAUGUAUACCUUGUUAGUGGGCAAACCACCUUUUGAGACCUCUUGCCUAAAAGAGACCUACCUCCGGAUCAAGAAGAAUGAGUACAGUAUUCCCAAGCACAUCAACCCCGUGGCCGCGUCCCUCAUACAGAAGAUGCUUCAGACAGAUCCCACUGCCCGUCCAACCAUUCAGGAGCUGCUCAAUGACGAGUUUUUCACUUCUGGCUAUAUCCCUGCCCGCCUCCCCAUCACCUGCCUCACCAUUCCACCCAGGUUUUCAAUUGCUCCCAGUAGCCUGGACCCCAGCAGCCGGAAGCCUCUCACCAUCCUCAAUAAAGGCAUGGAGAACCCCAUGCCCGAGCGUCCCCGGGAAAAAGAGGAGCCAGUGGUGCGGGAGGCCAGCGAGGCGGUCGACUGCCACCUCGGCGACAUGCUGCAGCAGCUGCACAGCGUCAACGCCUCCAAGCCCUCAGAGAGGGGGCUGGUGAGGCAAGAGGAGGCUGAGGAUCCCGCCUGCAUCCCCAUCUUCUGGGUCAGCAAGUGGGUGGACUAUUCGGACAAGUACGGCCUCGGGUACCAGCUGUGUGACAACAGCGUGGGAGUGCUCUUCAACGACUCAACACGCCUCAUCCUCUACAACGACGGCGACAGCCUGCAGUACAUCGAGCGUGAUGGCACGGAGUCCUACCUCACCGUGAGUUCCCAUCCCAACUCCCUGAUAAAGAAGAUCACCCUUCUCAAGUAUUUCCGAAACUACAUGAGUGAACACUUGCUGAAGGCGGGUGCCAACAUCACGCCCCGGGAAGGCGACGAGCUAGCCCGGCUACCCUACCUGCGUACCUGGUUUCGCACCCGCAGCGCCAUCAUUCUGCACCUCAGUAAUGGCUGCGUGCAGAUCAACUUCUUCCAGGACCACACCAAACUCAUCCUGUGCCCGCUGAUGGCUGCCGUGACCUACAUCGACGAGAAGCGGGACUUCCGCACGUACCGCCUGAGCCUCCUGGAGGAGUACGGCUGCUCCAAGGAGCUGGCCAGCCGGCUGCGCUACGCCCGCACCAUGGUGGACAAGCUGCUGAGUUCACGCUCGGCCACCAACCGCCUCAAGGCCUCCUCGUAGCGCCCCCCCCGCCCCCCUGGACUGGCACCCUCCUCCCCCCACCAGCACCUCGGCCCGCGCUGGUUAGAUCCCGUGGUGCUAUUUUAUGGGGUGUCCCCCAGCCCUGGGGGCUGGGGCGGAAGCUCCAUCAUCCCUGCAGGUGGGGCUGCUGUGUAAGUUAUUUUUGUACAUGUCCCGGUGUGGGUUCUGAGGCCUCUUCCCCUUCCCUCUCAACCCCACCAUAUGAAUUGUACAGAAUAUUGCUAUUGAAUUCGGGACUGUCUUUUCCUUGCCUUUAUAUUACA